AUCCCAAGUUUUCAUUAGAAUUAGACCCAUCUUCACUUCCAUAUCGUUUUUUUCCCGGGAACGACGGCCGGAAAAACUCCGCCAUGAAGCCAUAUCGCCGGCUCUUAUCACAUCUCUAUAAGAUUUCCUUAUUCUUCCCGGAAUGCCCCCACCGCCGGUUCAUCGCCGGCGCUGGUCACGAUUGGCCCCGAACCAUGGGCGUGCUCGGAAUUCCCAUUAUACGUCCGGGCAGGGGCGUCCUGGGAACAACCAUUCGCUGCUACUCCACCUCGGUGGAGACGAUCGCCGGAGAGAAGCCCUUUGAUCGUGCCUGCCUGCAGAGCAUCUCCGUGAAGCCUCUCGUGCUCGAUGGCGUGGAUGCUGGAGCUUUGGAGGAGGAGGAGGAGAAGUGGGAGGAUCUGGGAAGCGAGAAAGGAGGGAAUUUGGAGGAUUUGGGUGUUGUGGAGGUGAAAGGGAGGGAGGAAUCGGAGGUGGAGAAGGAGGCUUGGCGGCUGCUUAAUCGGGCGGUGGUGAAGUAUUGUGGUAGUCCGGUGGGCACCGUGGCGGCGGAUGAUCCGGCGAUGGCGAACCAGAUGCUUAAUUAUGAUCAGGUGUUCAUCAGGGAUUUCGUGCCCUCUGCCCUUGCUUUUCUUCUCAAAGGAGAGGGCGAGAUUGUUCGGAAUUUUCUCCUCCACACCCUUCAAUUGCAGAGCUGGGAGAAGACUGUAGAUUGUUAUAGCCCUGGACAAGGAUUGAUGCCAGCUAGUUUUAAAGUUAGAACUGUAUCUUUGGAUGGAAACAAUCAAGCGUUCGAGGAGGUUUUAGACCCUGAUUUUGGUGAAUCAGCAAUUGGCCGUGUGGCUCCUGUUGAUUCAGGAUUAUGGUGGAUUAUUUUACUGAGAGCUUACGGAAAGAUUACAGGAGACUAUGCUCUGCAAGAGAGAGUGGAUGUACAAACAGGCAUCAGAUUGAUCAUGAACUUAUGUUUAUCAGAUGGUUUCGACAUGUUUCCGUCUCUUCUUGUCACUGAUGGUUCGUGUAUGAUAGACCGCCGAAUGGGAAUCCAUGGGCACCCUCUUGAGAUCCAAGCUUUGUUUUAUUCAGCUUUGCGUUGUGCCAGGGAAUUGCUCUCUGGCAAUGAAAGCUCAACAAAUCUAGUCCGCGCCAUUAAUAACAGGCUCAGUGCUUUGUCUUUCCACAUCAGAGAGUAUUACUGGGUGGAUAUGAAGAAAAUUAAUGAAAUAUAUCGGUAUAAAACUGAAGAAUAUUCACACGAUGCUAUUAACAAGUUCAAUAUCUAUCCCGAUCAAAUUCCUUCUUGGCUGAUGGAUUGGAUUCCUGAUCAUGGCGGCUACCUUAUUGGCAAUCUGCAACCAGCUCACAUGGAUUUCAGGUUCUUCUCACUUGGAAAUCUCUGGGCUAUAGUCUCAUCUUUAGCCACACCGAGACAAGCUGAGGGAAUUCUUAAUCUUAUCGAGAACAGAUGGGAUGAUCUUGUGGGUAACAUGCCUCUCAAAAUAUGUUAUCCGGCUUUAGAAUAUGAGGACUGGCGUAUUAUCACUGGCAGUGAUCCUAAGAAUACCCCUUGGUCGUAUCAUAAUGGAGGCUCUUGGCCUACACUGCUCUGGCAGUUCACGUUGGCUUGCAUUAAAAUGGGCAGACCCGGGCUAGCAGAGAAAGCUAUUGCUGUGGCAGAAGAGAGGCUUUCAAAUGAUAAAUGGCCAGAGUACUAUGAUACAAGAACUGGAAGAUUUAUUGGCAAGCAAUCCCGACUCUAUCAGACAUGGACCAUUGCUGGGUUUCUGACUUCCAAGAUGUUUUUAGAAAAUCCGGAGAUGACAUCCAUCUUGACAUGUGAUGAAGACCUCAACCUGCUCGAAGGUUGUUUAUGCGGACUUAGCAAGAACUCUCGUGUCAGGUGUUCCCGACUGGCCGCCAAAUCACAGGUCCUUGUGUGAUCACACAAAAGAAACCAAGUUAUUGUCUUUUCUUCCUGUAUAGAAGAAACUUAUUCUCCAGAUUUCAACACAGUGACAGAAGAAACAGAGUACUUCAUAGUUCAUAGCACACUCGAGAAAUUGAAUCACACUUCCAUCUUUGUCACUCUAUGUCUAUGCAAUGUUUAACUGCUACAGAGAUUAUGAUCAGGUCAUGCUUUGAUGAAUGUUGAGGACAUGACACUAUGAUAAGAGUUUCUGCUGAAAUAUAUCUAUACAUCAUCAAAGCAGCUUAUGAUUAAUGUUAUAGCUAUGACUUGAAUUGGAGUACAUGUAAGUGUUACAGAUUGUGGUUUGUACCUAUAAAAUGACUCGAAAGAUGUACAAUGUCCUUGAUUUCAAUGAAAGAAAUGUUCGGCAUGUUUUUAUUUA